AGGAUUGAAAGUUUACUUGCAAUGUUUUGUUAGGCUAAGAAAAAUGUAGAAUAUUCUUGCACAUCAAUACAGUUUCUACAGUUUCAGUGCAAUCUGGAUUUAAUCUAAAAUGCCAAGGAUCUUGGAUCAGAGAAUUCUGUUGUUAGUAAUUUCAUUUUCAGCAAGUCUGCAGAGUACAAAGGUACUUUCAAAAUGGAAGAAGUGUGGUGAUCCGGAAUGUGAGAAGGCAAUGAGCAGAGUUCAAGCCAUUACUGACUACUUAGGGCCUGACUGCCGGUAUCUUAACUUCAAAGCAGGGGAGGAGAUCAUUGUAUACUCCAAACUUUCAAGGGAAAAUGAAAACUUGUGGACAGGAAGUAAAGGAAAGGAUUUUGGAUAUUUCCCAAGAGAUGCUGUGAAGGUUGAGGAAGUUUUAAUCGGAGAAGAAGUUGAAGUGCUCACUAAGGAAACUGAUUUCCUUUGUCUUCAUGAAGAUAAGUACACUUUUGAAAAUGAAGAUAACACAUUAUAUGAUCACGACAAAGAAAGUGAAUAUUCAUUGUCUGAUGUAGACUCAAAGCUGCAUGAAAAUGAACUCUUACAAUAUACAAGAGACCCCAUACAAAAUGAAGAAACAACUGAAUCAGUUUCUGAAAACGACUCUGAGGAAUCUCACAUUCAGAAAUCCGUAAACAGAGAGUUAGUUAGAACAGAUGAUACUGAAGAGCCACAAAUGCAAAACAGUCUCCCAGUAGAACCUGUUCAAACUCAGUCUAGCUGGAUUUCAGGAUGGUUCACCACAGAAAGUGAAAAUUAUGAAGAGCCCUUAAAAGCUGUUAAUGAAUCGUCAGAGGCAAAUAAAUACCAAGGCAGAAAAACAGAGGAGACAGAUGAAAAUUAUUUACAGGAGCCAAAUGAUAAGGAAGAACAAGAAUCCUCCACAUCUGGUUGGUUUCAAGGUGGACUGACAAGCUUUCUGUAUUUCGGUGAAGAGAAUGAAGAUGUCGAUUUGGCAUCAGAAAAAAAUGAUCCACAAAACCAUGAUGUGUCUGGUGUGCCUGAGCAUUCUAGUACUGAACAGGAAACAACAGCAAUCAAUGUAUUGUCAGAAGAAGAAAAGACCGAAAGCCAAGAAUCCCAAUCAAAUUGGUUUAAUUUGGGUUUAAGUGAUGUUCUUAGUUUUGGGCAUGCUGAGGAAGCAACAGUUACUAGAGAGGACCAGAGAGGCAGAGGAACAACAGAUCAAGCAAAUAGAAAUGAGGAAGGUCAGACUUUAGACCAGAAAGAAUUACAUAUGGACAAAGAAUCAAAGGAAAUAGUUAAUGAGGUAACAGAUGAAGAAAGUAAGAAUUAUGCACAAAAAAUAACAAAUUCAAGCAGUAACAGGCCAGAUCCUGGGGAGAUACCAGCAAGUGCACAUACUCUUAAUAACACCAAAAACACCUCAAGUAGCACAGAAUCAUCUUUUGAUAUACUAACAUGUGACAAAGAGAAGCCAAUUGAACCUUACAGUUCAGAAGAAAACUUGGUAUUAGAGAACCAUCUGCUGAGAAACACUGAUGAUGAAAAGAAAAAUCAGGAAUCAGAAAGCAGACGUGGUCAAUCAGGAGUAGGCAGAAGAAAGCUACUAGAAGAAACAUCAGAGAAGGAGCAUGAAAUGUAUGUAGCUAUAGGCAGUGAACAUGACAGUGACCAAGAUUCAGAAGCAACAGCCAUUGCUUCAGUAAAUUCUGAAACAAAAAUGGACAGGUCAGGGCCUGACUCUGAAGCUGAUGUCAGAAAAUCUUCCUCUGAUGCCAUCCAGAAUUAUGUUCCAAGUAACGAAGGAGGAUGGAUACAUCAGAUACUUCUGUGCUUGAAUGCUCUUGAGAUCAGAGAAACCAUAAAAACUGCAUCGUCAGCAGUGAUGAUUAUUGUCACAACGGCUGUGGCUUCACUGCCUGAAGAUAUGAGACCUGGCCCUGAUCUGUACGGUUUCCCAUGGGAGAUAGUGAUUUGUGCUGGUGUUGUUGGAGCCUUGACGAUUCUCUUGUUCCUGUACAGAAGUUAUCAAUCAGUUAGAAGUCGACUCUAUGUAGGAAGGGAAAAACAGCUUGCCAAUAAAAUUGCUGAACUAGUUGAAGAAAAAUGCAAAAUUCUUGAAAAACUCAGCCUCUGCAAAAAAGAGUUUGAAGAUUUACAGUUGUCUCUGAAGGACGGUAACACUAUGAAAGAAUCAACAGACACAUCUUUUUUUGAGGAAAUGCAUGAAAAACUGAACAAGUCAAACCUGGAACUCAACGAGGAAAUAGAGAAUCUAGAAAAAGAACUGGAAGAAGAAAAAUCUAAGCAGUCAGAAAAUGAUGCCUUGGUGACUGAAAUUCAGGAGAAAGUGGAGUCUCUAGAGAGCGAAGAAAAAUCUGUCCGGUCACAAAUUGAUGAGGCCAAGUCCACCCUAAAAGUGUAUCAGAUUAAUACUGAGAGACUCAAGACAUCUGUUCAAGAUGCAGUAGAUGAAAACAGCCAUCUCCAGGAAAGUGAGAAACAGCUUUUACAAGAAGCUGAAGGAUGGGGUGAACGACUUAGUGAACUAAAUGAACAAACAAAGAUGCUUGAAUCAUCUAAAACAGAUGUAGAAGAAGUUUUGAAAAAUAAAGAAAGCCAAAUCAAGUCACUAACACAAUAUAUACUGAACAUGAAAGACUGGAGUUCAGCAAUACGAGAGGAUGGUGAUGCUGAAGACAACAACUGGGACACAGAUAUAAAAGGUGAAACAGAGAACGGAGAGCACUUAGAUGAUGAGCAAAAACGAACUGUAAAGAAAUUGAUCUAUGCUGCAAAGUUAAAUGCUUGUUUAAAGACUAUGGAAGCAGAAAGAGACCAAAUGUAUUCAAAACUGUCUGAUGAAAAUAAAGCUAAAGGAGAACUUACAGAACGCAUAGAAAACCUUCAAAGCCAGCAAGCUUCCUUGAGGUCUGAAAAUGAACAUUUUGAAAGUGAAGUUCAAAAGCUUCAGCAGAAACUCAAAGUAAUGACUGAGCUUUAUCAAGAAAACGAAAUGAAGCUACACAGGAAGUUGACAGUAGAAGAGAGGGAACGUCUACAGAAGGAAGAAAAGCUGUCUAAAGUAGAUGAAAAAAUUAUUCAUGCUGCUGAAGAACUUAACAGCUACAGAGAUCGAGCAAAGGAUCUUGAAGAAGAGCUGGAGAGAACCAUUCGUUCUUAUGAGAAUCAGAUUACUUCACAUGAGAAAAAAGCUCAUGAUAAUUGGCUAACAGCCCGAGCAGCUGAAAGAUACCUCAAUGAUAUAAAAAAAGAAAAUGCACAUAACAGACAAAAAUUAACUGAAGCAGAAUUUAAACUUGAACUUUUAGAAAAAGACCCUUAUGCUCUUGAUAUUCCAGUGAGACCAUUUGGCAGAGAGCAUUCCCCAUAUGGACCCUCACCAAUGGGCCGGCCUUCAUCUGAAACAAGAGCUUUUCUUUCCCCUCCAACUUUAUUGGAGGGUCCUUUAAGGCUUUCACCUAUGCUUCCAGGUGGAGGAGGAGGAAGAGGAUCCAGAGGACCAACUGCCAUGUAUGAAGCUGGAAGUGAAAGAGGAGAGCUGAAUUCUGACAGGUUAACUGAUCCCCACAGGCCACCAUCAGAUACUGGAUCCCUGUCUCCUCCUUGGGAAAGAGAUCACAGGAUAAUUCUGCCUCCACCAGGUGAGCCUUAUGCUGAUCCAGUUCUUCCUGCUCGAAGACAAGAAAGAUUUUUCCCUAAUCCUCCAAAUAGUGGAAGACUUUCUGGACCAGCAGAACUACGAACUUACAAUGUUCAGUCUUUUGACAAAACAGAUGGACAGACAUCUUCAGAACAUAGUCCACAAACAGAACCAAGUGGAGAUGGGAUGAAGGAUCAUUCUACUCUUAGUAGCUCGUUCCCUGAUCAGCCGCUGGCACCUGAAAGCGAAGCUGUCAGGUCAGGGUUUGCACCCCCACCUUUCCCUCCAGUCAGACCUCCACUGAUGCCUGUGGAUCCCAGAGCACCACCAGUACCUUUCAUGAGACGAGGACCUCCUUUUCCUCCCCCUCCUCCUGCUGGCAUCUAUGGGCCACGGGAAUGCUUUCCAGUACGAGACUUCGGCCCUCCACGCCCUCCGCUGCCAAUAAGAAAUCCAUUUCCAAUGAGACCUUAUCCUCACUAUCCACCUCAACGACCUGGAUUUUUGCCUCCACCACCUCCUCCUGAAAAUAGAGUUGAACCAUCUCAGUCAGAUCCACCAGCUGUAGAACCAGAACCACAGCAGGAGACUUGACAGUCAUUUGGGGAAUGUCCUGAACCAGUUUUGUGCUUUCCUACUGGCAUUUUUCCUUAUGUUAAGUAACCAUUGUUACUUAGGUCUAUACAAACUACUUCGCUCAAAUUGAAGCUUAAUAGGGAAAAUUCUCAGGAUAGUAUUUUGUAAAUAAAGAAUUAAAUACCUAUGAAUAUUGUGAAUAAGUGAUUUUCACUCUAUUAUAGUCAUUUUAAAUUAAGUAUUUCUAACUUGGGUAGUCUCUUCAGAGGUGUAUAAAAUUAAAUAAUGUGAACCUUAUUGUAAAAGUCCAGCUGCUUUGUGCUGGUUGAGCUGUACAGGGAGUCUCUCUGCAUGCCAAAAGUGAUGCUUGCUGCUUUAUUAAUAGGAUGUGAAAACAAAUGGAAACAGUUAAUAAAAACCUACGAAAGCAAUGUCACUGGUAACAUGGGAUAAUAGAUUGGAGAAUAAUGGUUAUUCAUCUUCACCUCUCAAGUGCCCCAGUGGCCUUGUAGGCACAGGGCAGGGCUGGCCAGUGCCAGACUGGAUCUGGACAGAGCCAAGUUCUGCUUUUACUGGUGACUGUACAAUCUAAAGACUUCUGCUAGGAAGUCCCAUUCUGCUAGGAGCUGGUGCC